AACAAAACUCCAAAAUGCCUAUGUUAUACAAGCCAGCAGUAGAAGGAAAGGGGGUCAAGCCACCUCAAAUUCCUUCUCCAGGUAACAACUCUUUCUUGGGUGAUAUCUUCACCUCCGAAGGCCCCAAAGAAGAACAAAUCUCUUGCGGUUUUUACAAGCAAGAAAAAGGGGAGCCUUUGGUCUACACCUACACAUACGAAGAAAUGAAGAUUAUCCUCGAAGUCGAAGGUGAGUACACUCUCACUGAUGAAACUGGUUACAAGGUUUCUGUUUCCCCAGGGGAUGUUUUUUACUUUAAAAAGGGUACUACUAUUACUUUUGAGACCACUGGAUAUGGACUCGCUUUCUUCACUGGUUUGAGACCAAAUGGUACUGCUUAA